AUGCUCCCGAGACGGCGGCGAGCGCGGGUCGGGUCCCCGGGGGCCGCCGCCCCCUCCGCGGCGCGCUUCCCCGGCGUGGCCAUCUACUUGGCCGAGCCGCGCAUGGGCCGCAGCCGCCGGGCUUUCCUCACGCGCCUGGCGCUCUCCAAGGGCUUCUGCGUCCUGGACGCCUACAGCCCUGAGGUGACACAUGUGGUGAUGGAGCAGACUUCAGCAGAGGAGGCCAUCUGCUGGCAGGAGCGCAUGGCAAUGGCCCCUCCCCCAGGUUGCACUCACCCAGCGCUGCUGGACAUAAGCUGGUUCACAGAGAGCAUGGCAGCUGGGCAGCCUGUACCUGUGGAGUGCCGGCACCGCCUGGAGGUGGCCGUGCCCAGGAAGGGGCUGCCAAGCCCAGUGUGGAUGCUGCCCUAUGCGUGCCAGCGACCCACACCCCUCACACACCACAACACCAGCCUCUCGGGCCCCUCCCUGCAGGAGGCUCUGGAGACGCUGGCAGAGGCAGCGGGCUUUGAAGGCAGUGAAGGCCGCUUCCUGGCCUUCUGCAGAGCAGCCUCGGUGCUCAAGGCCCUUCCUAGCCCCAUUACAGCCCUGAGCCAGCUGCAGGCGCUGCCCCACUUUGGAGAACACUCCUGCAGGGUCGUCCAGGAGCUGCUGGAACAUGGAGUGUGUGAGGAGGUGGAGACAGUCCGGCUCUCAGAGAGGUACCAGACCAUGAAGCUCUUCACCCAGAUCUUCGGGGUCGGAGUAAAGACUGCGGACCGGUGGUACUGGGAAGGGCUGCGGACCCUGGAGGACCUCCAAGAGCAGCCCCAAAGACUGACGCAGCAGCAGAAAGCAGGACUCCAGCACCACCAGGACCUGGGUGCCCUGGUCCAACGGCCCGACGUGGAGGCCCUGCAGCAGGUGGUGGAGGCAGCUGUGGGGCAGGCCCUUCCUGGGGCCACUGUCACGCUGGCCGGCGGCUUCCGGAGGGGGAAGUUGCAGGGCCACGACGUGGACUUCCUCAUCACCCACCCCCAGGAGGGCCGGGAGGCGGGGCUGCUGCCCAGAGUGAUGUGCUGCCUGAAAAAGCAGGGCCUUGUCCUGUACCACCAGUACAGCCGCCGUGAAGACCCCAGCCACCUGACCCAGCAGAGCCACACGAUGGAUGCCUUUGAGAGGAGUUUCUGCAUUUUCCGCCUACCACAACCCCCAGGGGCUGCUGUCGGGGGCCCCCGGUGGCCCUGCCCUGCCUGGAAGGCUGUGCGGGUGGACCUGGUGGUUGCCCCCAUCAGCCAGUUCCCCUUUGCCCUGCUUGGCUGGACUGGCUCCAAGCAUUUCGAGCGGGAGCUGCGCCGCUUCAGCUGGAAGGAGAGGGGGCUGCAGCUGAGCAGCCAUGGGCUGUUUGAUCCAGAGCAGAAGACGUUUUUCCAUGCGGCUUCAGAGGAAGACAUCUUCAGACAUCUGGGCCUUGAGUACCUUCCCCCAGAGCAGAGAAAUGCCUGAUCCUAUCCGCUGGCCCCACUUUCACUCUGGAAACACGGGGCUGCUUUGCAAGGCAGACCGUAUGGAUGCCCUCGGCCACUGAAUAUCUGCAGACAGAAGAUGCACUGCUGCCCCAAGUCCUCACCCCUCCCAAGUGGGAGCCCCACCUGUGUGGACCACCACUCCCUCACCCACACCCAGUCAAAGAUGUAAUAAAAUGAGCACAUGGGACGAACCAGGCUCUAUUUUCUGAA